UUCAACAAGAGCCGAAUUUCGCGGGAAUAAUUUGGUGUUCCUUCUUUAAUUUAAGGAGUAUCGUACGAAGUAAUUUUAGGAUCGCUUGAGAACGGAACUCAAGAUGAAAUCAUCGUCAUCAGAGAGGGUGGAAAACUUCAUCCACGAGCACCUGCGGGAAGAUCUACGGAUAUGCGAGGCACAGCUGAAAGAGCUGAACGCGGAGAUUCUGGAGUACGUACAGCUGAAAACCAUGAUCGAAAGCAUCCUGCAGAACAAGACGAAUGGCGAAGCAGGAUUCAAAACGCAAGUGAACAUCGGCGGAAACAUGUUCAUGAAGGCACGCGCCGACACCGUGGACCGAUUGCUGGUGGACGUGGGGCUGAAGGUGUUCGUAGAGUUUACCAUCGAAGAGGCACUCCGAUUUGUGGACAUGCGAGUGCGAGUCCUGACGAAACAGGCCGACGUUGUGCGGGACAAAAGCAUCGAAACGAAGGCUCACAUCAAACUGGCGCUGCUGGUCCUUGGAGAUUCCCAAAAAUUACAUACGCGAGAAGAUCGGUGAUUGGAUCCGCUUUUAGAAGCCAACAAACGCACAGGGAAUGAUAAGUGAUAUUUCAUGAUAAGAAGCAAAGGAGAAUAAAACGAGAUAUGUUUUCUGUUAACAAUCUUUA